AUGUCAACGCCAAUAAUUGUCACCGUAAAUUGUAUGAUCAAUGUUCCACUGAUGCUGCUAUCUAUUGCUGGUAACGUUAUUGUGCUGGCGACAGUUUUCAAGACACCUUCUCUUCACUCACCUUCAUAUCUCUUACUAAGCGGCCUCGCCGUUUCAGACUUGGGUGUUGGAUUGCUAGUGCAGCCAUUUUAUAUUGCAGAGAAGCUCUCGUCAACGGAAUUUCUCCGCAAUCUUAUGACAACCAUGGGAUUCGCUUUCUGCGGAGUUUCAUUCGGCACCAUGGCACUGAUAAGCGUAGAUCGGUACUUGGCCCUUCUUUAUCAUUUGGAGUACAGGUCUAGAGUGACAACAUAUCGUGUUGUAAUCACAAUGUCUUUUAUUUGGUUCCUUCACUUUAUUUUGCUGAACAGAUUUUGGGUACCACCUAAAUAUAUUUACAUCGGCUUUGCUCUUCUAGUCAUAUAUAUCACAGUUGCCACCGUGUCUUACCUUCAGAUUUAUCGAAUAGUACGACGGCAUCAGUUGCAGAUUCAGAAUCAAAAUCAGGCCGUGCUAAGUCAGUCCAAUUCCCUGUCUCAAAAGCGUUCUGCUACGAAUACUCUGGUGUUUUACGUCAGCGCGGUCAUUUGUUACUUUCCUUGGUGUGUUUAUCGUAUUGCCCAUGGAGAUAUCUUCGUUGCAAAUAUAAACACAGCGUGGAUCUUUACAACCAGCCUGGUUUUCGCAAAUUCCGCCAUUAAUCCGUUUUUAUACGGUUGGCGUCUUCGUGAACUUCGCAAUGAAGUUAAAAAGACUAUGAAGAAAACUUUGCGUAUAAGUCAAACUGAACAAACGUAGACUUCUUGUUCUUUCAUUCCCUUUUAAAAGAAAAUAUUAAGUUACCGUUAUUUUUCAGUUCUGUUUUAAAUCAUUUUAAGUUAAACUUGUGAUGUGAUUUUGUCAAAUCGACAAAAUAUUACAUGUUAUUUUAUGCCAUUAAAUUUGCUUCAAUCUGAAAUUCACCGAGACAUUUUACUGACAGAGGCUUAAUUACUGUACGUUGUACACUAUUUGUAACUGAUGUGCAGGGGCACCCAACGAGAACAUAGUUCAAAACCACUUAAAAAUAGCAUUGUUAAACGUAUUUUAGUAUUUAAACGGUAGAUAUAGGCAUAUUUUUAUCCCCUUAAAAUUUUUCAUCUGUUCGGAUUUCCUAGCUGAAAGUCUAGUGAUCCGAAAAUUAUAGGGAUCAAAACUUACCCUUUCGAAAAUUCCAGCCAGAAAAAAGGCUCCCGAAAAUUCUAGUUGACCUUUUUAGGGUAAAAAUCCGUUAAAAAUAGGCAAUUAUACCAUUUUUUAGAUGUUCGAAAAUCCUAGGAGAGGCAGGCAAGCAAGAAAUUUUACAACAAAUGUUCCGAAAAUUGUAGAUCUCAAAUCGUCUUCCGAACAGAUAUUUUCCGAAAAUUGUCGUUGGGUGCCCCUGCUGAUGUGGUUAGGAAGGAUUUGAAUUCUCGUAAGGUUUAUAGCUUCGUAAUUUGAAUAAAAUAUAUCAUUAAUUGCUAUCUAAAUGCCUAAAAGUAAAUGAGAAUUAAUUUCAAUUUCCGGUAGCGAAGUUUCGUGUGGAAGAAUAAGCGUUCCACCGAAAAAUAACCUGGAAAGUAAAAAUUAAGUUUUGCGUUAUAAACUUAUGUUUUGUAGUCUAAACGUUUAUGCCAGGGGGUAUUAAGCAAUUUUGAGGCCUUCAGUUCCAAAGUGACCAACAUCAUUUUUCCCCUAACAGUAUAAAUACAUAGUAAUAAAACAAAAGGUUACGCGAAUUAACUUGAAAAUGAUUACCAAAGGGAAAAUGCCUGCGUAUUUUUAAUAACUUCUCUCAACUCCAAAUAAUUCUUAAAGGUAAUUCUGAAGAAUUUGCAUGAGGAAAUAAAACGUAGCCAGCAAACAAAAGACUAAGAAAGAGUUCAACUCCCACAGGGUUUGUUUAGAACACCCAACAUGGCAGCCGUUUCAUUGUUUUGAAAAACCAAUAUGGCCGCCGUGACGUCAUGUGAAAACGCUCUAUUAAGGCUAAGACGCAGGGUUAAAUUGGGUGCCUGCUCAGUAGUUCAAUCGGACUGAUCUAUACUUCAAGUAAAUGCUUUUCUGGCGAAACACCUGAUAGGUGACAAACAGGCUGGAGCCAUUUCCGAAUACUCGAUGACGGUCACCGAUAAUGGCGUCGGGCCGGGCGACAUCGAGCAAAUAAAAUCUUCCCUAUAGGAACGACCAGAUAAAAGCUACACGUGUAGCGUUUGUUGCCCUUGACAUUUCCCUUGUCAUGCUGUUAUUUUUUCUUUUGCGGAAAAUGCAAGUAAAGGUUUCGCAAAUAUUUUGACAAUAAUUUAUGAAUAGAAAAAAGAAUAUCCGCUGAGAGCGUAGGGGAGGCUUUCGGAUAUCCAGAUACCGAAAAGCUGCUCCUCGUGUUUUUAACCCUGCACUAUUGUUUUUUUGUUUAAUAUAAAAUUUAACAAUUAUUAAAUUUGGCUUUCGUACUGAUGUGAUGAAAAAUCAUGAAUUAUGCAAAUCAAUGACAAUGUUUUCCACCGAACCCACAUUAUUCAUUCAAAAUAUUUCCUAAGUCGUUAACAAGUUUACUCCUUGUAGACUUUCUUAACUUCAAAACUUUGGCCUUUUUCUUGGCACGGUUUCAGGAUAUAAACAGAUGUUUUUUCUGGCAUAUACCCCUGAAAAAGGGAAAUACGUCUUUCAUAUUCCUGCAUUUCGUUCCGUUCAGUUUCUGUCAGAAAUUCAGCUAUUUCGUCUUCGGAUAACCGUGAACGCCAUUCUUUAGUUCACUAUUGCCUAAGCACCCUCGUUUCCAAUUAAACAAACCAUCGAAUCGAUGGUAUAUUGAUCGCAUCUUCCAAAUAUGGUCCAAAUAGCUGAAUUUGUGACUUCAGUUGGAAAAAAUACAAGAAUACUGGCAGCAUCCUCGGAUCUGCAUAAUUCUUCACUUUACUGACGACAGCCGAAUUCAAUAAUUGCUGAUUCAUUUAAUAUGCUGUUACUAUAAAGCGUUAACCCGAAUUCACGUGUAUGGGCAACAGUUGUGAAUUACAACUUGCUAAAGAUGUAGAAAAAGCCUUAGAAUUUAAAUACCAAGUGCAAUCGUUGCAUUUACUCUCGAAAAGGAACGUUAAGUCGGCUGUUUAAAAAACGACCAGGAGUGAAUUAUCUGUUUUAAAAACUGGAGGCAAAGUCCCGGCGCAAAGUACAGUCGUAUCUUUACCUGAUAUAAAGACACUCGUUAAACAUAAAUUUCUGUUGUUUUUUCUUCAAUGAAUUAUUAAAUAAAUUAGUUUUUGAGGUGCAUGCUUCCUUCGCUUUACCCCGGAGACGCGACGGUUUCCUUGUAAAUGUUAAUUAUUUAGAAUUGGAACAAUUAAUCAAGAAAUCUCUCACUUAACUGUCACAUUUGUAUUUGCCUAAAACUCAAUUAUCAGAUGAAAAGAACUCAUUGGACAGGGCACCCAAUUCAAUAACCAGUUAUAUGCGUUGUAGUUAAAUAACUACAAUUACAACAUCACUGAAUGAUUAUGAGAAAUGGAAAUUUUUUUUUGAAAAUUACUUUGAAAGUAAUCUUUCGUCGCUUCACUUGCAUCAGAUAAAAGCUUUUCUAACAGAUGGCAAAUCGCGUACCCCCCACCCAAAAAACAAAAAUGGCAAAUUAAAGACGUAAUUAUCUAUGUUCUAACGCUUAUCCAUUUAACACGGCAUCAUGAAUUUCACUGGAGGAGGCGAUUGGAACAGCUCGGAUCAAACACACGCGACGAUUGUCUUAGUAAACUGUGCGCUUAAUGCGCCACUAAUUCUCCUUUCCAUUGCUGGCAAUGUUUUGGUGCUGGUGGCUUUAUCGAAAACGUCUUACAUUCACUCAACUUCGAUCAUCAUGCUGGCAAGCCUUGCGUUAUCGGAUCUUCUCGUUGGUCUUCUAGCUCAACCACUUUUUAUUGCGGACGAACUUAAAAGCUUGACAACGCAAGACCCUAUACUCUACCGUCUGUCAGCAAUGAUAGGGUUUUUCGUCGGUGGAGUGUCUCUUGGAACAAUAACAGCCAUUAGUGUGGAUCGCUAUAUGUCUCUUCACUACCACAUGCGAUACGCCAUCAUAGUGACCAACACUCGAGUCAAAUACACCGUAGGAGCAAUCUGGCUGGCCAUUUUCCUGUCUUUAAUAUUUUAUCAUUGGAACAAGUACAUUUUUCACCUUCUUGGAGGUGUCUUUUCCGCUGUAUGUAUUAUAAUUAGCACAAUAUCUUACGUAAAAAUUUAUCAGAUUGUUCGUUAUCAUCAGUCGCAAAUUCACAUUCAGCAUCACACUGUAGGAAACACAAAAUUUGAAAGCAAAAUGCGCCUCGCGCGAUUGAAGCAAAGUGCAUUGAACACGUUUGUAUUUUACAUUGGUAUGAUCCUCUGUUAUUUUCCACAUUUUGUUUUGCUGAUAAUAUUUGGAACACUGCACAUAGAAUGGAGACCAGAAUGGACCUUUUCUACUACGGCUGCUUUUAUGAACUCAUCCAUCAACCCUAUCUUGUAUUGCUGGCGGCUUUGUGGGCUUAGAAAAGAAAUACUAGCAAUUAUAAAGGCUAUAAAGCUAUUACCAUCUAUUUAACCUAAUGCAAGCUACUGAAACAAAUAUAAAACUUGCAUAUCCAUCUUCGUAAUUUAGAUUCAUUGGAAGCGGGCGUAUAAACUGUUGAAUUAAGCAUAUGGUAUUGUUGUGUAAACAUUUGACUAAUGGUUUUAAAAAUAGAAACCUUUUAGAGGAACGGGUAUAGAAGACUCCAAGGGUAUAAGGAAUUCUGUUAACAAUUCCGUUAACAAUAAUAUAAUGGAGCUGCUUUACUUAGAAACUGGAGCACUCACUCUAAAACUACAAGCAACGCGAGCUCAGAAUUUUAAAAUAUAGAAAAUCAAGAACUCGAACCACUCUCUUAAAAGUUUAUUCAUUGCUCUUCUUUUGCUCUUCUUUUUAAUUCUUCAGUUAACUGCCUUUAACUGUCUUUAAUAGUAUCUUAUAAUUAUGUUAAGGUUUGUCAUGUUAGAGAGUGAAAUACAGUUUAUGUACACCAACAUGUGCAGAACAUACAGGAUAAUGAAUAAAUAUAAUUAAGAUGUCAAACACGACCACUUUAUAAGUGCGCAGCUAUUAACUAUCGUGUAAAGCACCAAUGGUCAAAAUCCAAGAACUUUAUUCCUUAUAUUAGGAAUUAGAAACACAGGAUAAGUAUAAAGCCAAAAUCCAAAAAAAGAAAUCCCAGAUAGAGAAUAAUAAUCAAAAUUGAACACGUGAAGGAUAGAACGAAUAGGAUUUCAGGGAAAACUGGAUGCGUCGAAAUAGGAAGUCGAAGUAAUUAUAACACCUGCUUGCUUUCACUCAAUCAUUCUAAACAGGUCUUUUGUCUUCGUCAUUAAAUUUGUUGAAUUUUACAUGACGUACUUCUGCAUAGUGCUUUGAAAAAGUUUAUUACAACCAAAAGAUUAUCAUAAAGAUACGGUAAAACGGUAACAAAUAGGUCACUGUUUUGCAACAUCCCUGCAAAAAGAGUUGAAUAGCGAUGUUGCUUGUUUUACCACCCAUGAUUUGUUGCAAGACAGGCUUGAACAUGGGCGAUACAUACCUACAUACAUACAUACAUACAUAUACUUUACUUAUGCUCGAAAUUUACAGAGUAUCUGUAGAGCCAAUCUAUUCGAGAAAAUAAGUUAAAAUAAAAUAAAAUAUGCUAUAUUACAAUUCCAAUAUUAUUUAUAAGCUAUAUACAACAUAAUGCAUGCAGAGGGAAAUAUAACUGUCUAUUGUGGAAAAGCUUCAUAUCUGAGGAUCUCCUGCUUGAAUUCUAGAAAAUUUAAUGUUUUGUAAGUGUCUAGGAGAGAGUUCCAUAUUUUGCCAGCUAAGUAUGAAAAAGGGUGCAGACCGUAAGUCGUUGUUUUUGGGUUGGGAAGGGUCAGGAUAUGAUUUCCACACAAACUGUAGGAUGAAGACAGUACGGUGAACCUAUCUUUUAAAUAACCUGGAUAAAACGCGCAACAUCGCUUUUCAACUCGUUUUGCAAAACAAGUUGGACUGGACUAGGGAUUUGGGAUCGUUAUACGUUUCUGGGAAACUGCCCACCUACCCCUCCCGUCAGCCAACAUUAUCGUAUAUUUGUUGUUGUUUGCUUUCCGCCCUUCUUUUCCCCGCAAGGUUUUUUUGGUUCCGAACGGAAUAUGCAUCGCACGACGUCGCUUCGUCACUGGAUUUAUCACAAGAUUCUCACAUCGUGAUUAAUAUAAGCAGAAUCACAUUCACAGUCCUCGUAUCUAGUGUUAUUGUCAAAAAGGUCCUCUUCAGGUCUUGCCACAAAUUCCGAGAAGGCAAUGAUAACAGAAACGGAAUUUAUUCAUCUCCUACGACGGUGAUUUCCGACGCCAUUUUGUUUGUUUACCUUUUCGUGGCGCCCUCGCAAAAAAUGCGCGCGCGUGUCACACGGGAUGGCACAAUUUGUGCUAAAAGUAGCGCAUUUGGCUAUUUCGAUGGAACCAACCCCAUUACUGGAAAAGAUAUCCACUUACGGUCUCCUACCCCGAUUAUGGCUCCUGAUGGUAUAUGAAAAGGUAAGGAGUUCGCUCUCGGGGCAGGGCCUCCCGCAUAUAAAACUUUGUUGAGUACCCCCUCCCCCUCCCCCUCCCCCUCCGUGCGUAUCAGGGCUUAAAGCUUUGGAUUAAAGCAUAUCUAGCUACUUGUCAGCUUCAGGCAGCUUACGUGUUUUUGUCUGAAGCUUCGCGCUUGAAAUCCUAUCGGUCAGUAUUAGCGUUAUACUUUCGUGAUGUUUACCCUCAUAUUCAGAGUAGGAGAUAAGAGAGAAGAUGGAAAUUUGAACCUUUAUCAGAUUAAUAGCAUGAGAUUGAUGUGACAGGUUUUCAAUUUAAUUGUAUGGAAUGUUAUAUCAUGCCAGUGGCAGGGUGAAAUGUAUAUUGAUAAUCGGUAACUUAAAUUUGCAGCUCUUAGUUUAUAUCAAUUCACCUUUUUAAGUAAAAUCAAAAGUUACUAGACAAAAAAAUGUACGACCACUUUCUUCUUUGGUCGUUUUUUUUUUUUAAGUAUCACUCAAAGCUGUUUCUUUGAAAAAGGAGGUUGAUUUUACUGAUUUUAACUGAAACAGGAUAUGAUAUGAUAAUUUUUAGGAUUCUAAUUACCCUUGCACUUUGUAAACACAUAUUAGGUUUCUUAUACAGCUGUAGCUGCCAUCUAUUCACUCAGAAUAUAAUGUGAAUGAUGGCUCAGGCCGUGAAAGUAUCACUUAAGGGACUAAUUCCAUUAAGAUGUGACUUUUACUUUUAAAGUCACAUCUUAAUUUUAUUAAAAUAAUUGAUCACCAAUAAAGCAAUGUCAUGUUUGAAGACGGAUAUUGAACUACAAUUUCCUUCCUCCUUGCAUCACAGCAUAAUGCGAGAGGACUGGGGGAUAGGAGUGGGGAGGGCCGGGGCACGGGAGGUAGGAGAGGAAAGAACGGGAGGAGAGAUCUAAAAGGAGAAGCAGCAGAAUUAGAGGAAGAUUCUACAACAAUGCUUAAUAUUUCGCCAUCGAAACAGAGCUAAGGGAGCUAAAGGGAGGAUGGAGAGCGCGAGCUGGGAAUGCAAGGUACAGGAGGUGGGAGGUUUGGAGGUUUGGAUCCCCCCCUGCCUGUUCCCCCCGCGUGUAGUACUGAAGGUAAAAUGACAGCUUGGAAAAAAUGACAAUCCACUCUGGAUAUGCUUUGUUUAGUCUGGCAGCUACUUUCAGUAAAAGUGUGGUGAAAAGGUGAUCUACCAAUUUCUGUCAAUAUCUUAGUAUACCGCCCAAAAUAGGGAAACUGAGGGAUAUUGUUUGAAGAACUAACUAAGUGAUUGUAAUUACCAAUUCAAAUCCCUGCAGUGACAUUAUUAAUAUGAAAAUGCAUGAAACGUGAUGAGAACGAAGUAUAAAACGUGACACUCGGACGUGCAAGGAUAGAUACUGUUACUGAAAAUCAACUGGAAUUGGGAUUCUCAUUAUUGUUUGCAGUUUGUGAGAAACUCGUUCAGUCAAGAUGUUAUUGAAUUCUUCAGCUGAUGUUACUAACACCUUAAGAAAUCAUUCGAAUGCUGUAGACACUUUCGCGAUUGCAAACUGCGCGUUAAACGUCCUAUUGGUGCCUAUAGCGAUUGUUGGGAACGCUUUAGUGUUGGGUGCCAUUAUAAGAACCACGUCGCUCCACUCACCAUCAAUGGUAUUUAUUGGAAAUCUAGCCAUCACAGAUCUUAUUGUUGGACUGAUGAUUCAGCCAUUGUACAGUACCAGUAUUUUGCUCACAGAUGUUCCCAUCCUCAAAACUGUAGUGGAAAUAACGGCCUAUCCGAUGUGCGGUGUUUCGCUGUGUACUUUAACAGUCAUAAGUGUUGACAGAUUUAUGGCCUUACACUAUCACAUGCAGUAUAGCACUUUGCUGACUACAUCUCGAGCUGUACGUAUCGCAGUGAUUAUAUUCUGCAUCAUCUUUCUCGCAAGCGCCAUUUUAUACUUUUUGAACAAAAUUGUGUUUUUAUUCGUCGCCGCCUUAGGCAUUUGUCUUUGUUUUCUAAUAUCAAUCAUUUCUUACAUCCAAAUUUAUCGAAUCGUUCGUCGACAUAAACAUCAAAUUCAUGCCCAGCAGUUGGUACUUCAGGGUACAAAUGCUUCUACGAACUGGAGCCUCAUGAUUCAGCUCAAGAAGAGCGCAUUGAACACAUUUAUGUUCUACAUCGUUACCAUUCUCUGUUAUAUACCAGUGGUUGUUUCUUUAUGUGUUUACAGUUGGUCUUUUAACAACUGGACAAAGUCAUGGAACUUCGCUGAUACUCUAGCAUUCAUGAACUCAUCUUUAAACCCAUUUUUGUUUUGUUGGCGUCUUAACGGGCUUCGAUCAGCAGUCGUAAAUAUGGCAAGGAAGAAGUUAUGUUGCUAA